CGGAAUCUCACGCGACCCAAAUAUGAUCUUUUUCAAGCUCAACCUCGCCCUUGCGCUUUGCAUCACCAGCGCCUGCGGCCUCGUCGAAAGAACAGGUCACUCGCUCGACACGAGACACGGAUAUGGCCACAACGAAAGCGCCCUGCCCACUCUUGAGCCUCUCCAGUACGUGGACACAGCAUCUCUCCUCCGCAUCGAGUACUACGACGAGGGGCCUCGUGACGCCGAAGCCGUGAUCCUCGUGCACGGGUUCCCAUAUGACAUCAACAGCUUCGCAGAGGUGGCACCGCGGCUCGUCAAGAAGGGCUACCGCGUGAUCGUGCCCUACCUACGCGGCUACGGCGGCACCCAGUUCCUCAACGAAUCUACACCCCGCAGCGCAGAGCAGGCGGCCUUGGGGUACGACCUGCUUACCCUGAUGGACGCCCUCGAGAUUCAACACGCGAUCCUCGCCGGCUUCGACUGGGGCACCAUCCCUGUCAACGUGGUCGCCGCCGUCUGGCCGGACCGGUGCGACGGCAUGGUCACGGUGGGGAGCUACCUGAUCCAGGACCAGCGCAGGGCGUGGGUGCCCCAGGACCCGGACUCCGAGGCGGCGCGGUGGUAUUUCUACCUCUUCCUCCACCCCAAUGGACCCGUCGCCCUCGAGACGCGACUGAGGGCGUACGCCCGCGCCAUCUGGGCCAGGAACUCGCCGCGGUGGAAUUUCAGCGAGGCAGAGGUCGAUCGCGCGCUGCCUGCGCUGCAGAAUCCAGACUUCGUCAACAUCACUAUCGACUUCUACAGGAAUCGUCUCUUGUCCACACCGGGUGAUCCCGCGUAUGCCGAGCUCGCGGGCACGCUUGAUGAGCAGCCGGCCAUCUCGGUCCCGGCGGUGACGCUCGACCCCGAGUUCAGCACGACGUUCCCGGCGACGGACGGGUCUGCAGCUGGGCCGCUUUUCACCGGUACCAGGGUACAUCACAUUGUGCGGGGCGCAGGGGAGAACAUACCUCAGGAGAGCCCCGGUGCGUUUGUGGAUGCUAUCCUUGAAGUUGAUGGCUUAUCGAAGGCCCAAAGGGCUCGGGCGGCCUGAAUGCCACUAUCAUACGACCCAUUCUCUAUUGCAUGUUCCAUUUACAAUAACCGGAUUGAACAAGAGGUCACAGCAGACCGGAUGCAGACGCCGAAAGGAUCUUGAGAGCUCCCUCAAACGGCUGAAUGGACGGCACCUGGGCACGCGGGAUGUUGAUAGACUUGGUGUUAGCUCUCAAGGCAUGAAGAUGUAGACGCAUACCUUGGCAGAUGUCUUACCGCUACACUCAGAAAGGCACUUGAGUAAAUGUGGAUUACAAUAAAGAAACCGUGGGCUACUUCUGUCCACGAUUCUAGUCAACGCCGUCGUCAAGACGGUGCCCCUUAGCCUUGUCUGUGCGUCGCAAGGCUGAGGCUACAAGCACC